UAAUGUCUUUAUACUCCAUUCAGAGAUUCAUAGAGCCAUGCUCAAUAACAUAUUUGACGAAUUUGGACUUGAGAGACAUGAGGGCACCAUUCACCUGCUGCAUCAGAGAAAGGAUUAAAGACAGGAUGGAGGUUCAAACAUGGUAUUUGAAAACAUCAAAAUUAGCUGUGGCACUAGCAAUUAUCCGUUCAAAACCACCAGACAGAAAUAGCAGAGAAUAUACAGAGCAUCUUGCUAAGAUGUUAUCUGGACAAGAUGGAGAAUGGAGAUCAAAAGUCGAAGCUUUGGAAACUGAAGUUCUGCAAUUACGUCAAAAACUUCUUUUGAGCCAGAUCUGUCCAAGACCUUAUGUAAAGAAUGGAAACACAGCUGUCCCUCCAUCCUCUAAGGAGCCCAAAAGUCCUGAGAACAUCUCCAGUCAGCUGGAAGACUCUGGCUGUGAUGUGUUAAGUGAGAAUAGAACUGAUCCUUCAGAACUGUCCCAGAAUGUUGAAGAGAGUUUUACUUCAUCUUCUGAAAUUUCUGUAUGUCAACUGCCCAUUGUGAAAAGUCACUGUGCCUUCCAAGAAAAAACUUUAUCUUCUCACUUGCAAUUUUUGCAACAUGUUCUUGAACUGAAGAACUUGACACAAUCUGGUAAUUUGAAAACAGAUUUAAACAAGUUUGAAAGUGACUGUUCCACGGUGUCGGAUUCUGUUUUUCGAUUGCUUGAUGGCCUGAUAAGUUUUUACAGUGACUCUAAACUCCCUUUCUCAAACUUUUUGACAGAAGCAGUUUCUAUUUUGACUAGGUUAAUCGAUGAUUGUAAUUUAUCUAAUCACAUACUUAAAAAAUGUUUCAAGAAGUUGGAAGAAUUUGAGAAAACUCUAGUGCAGGUUAUUUUAAGGAACAGCAGUAUUAAUCGGUUUCAGGUGCAGCAUUACAUCUCUAAUAGUCUGGUCAUACUGGGAAAGUGCAGUUUUUUAAGAAAACCUGUCAUAUCUCUGCUUUUAUCACAAGUUAACAACUUCACUGAUGAGUUGAGGAAUAUGCAUCAGUUGUUCAACCCCAUUACUACCUGUGGGCUGAAAGCUCUGGAAGCAGCCACUGCCAUUGAUGCUGCUGAUUUAGUUAUUCUCAAAGCUCACUCCUGCUUUGCUGGGUCUGGGUUUGUGCUGGUGCUGCCUGUGCUGGACUCUACUCCACUCUCAUCCAGACUUAGUAGCGGUAUUGCAGGAUCAGAGGAAAUUCAGAGUUUGGUUGCCCUUUGGGCGUAG